AUGACUCUUGCUGAACUCUUGGCUCCAACCUUGAAAGCAAUGAGAUGUGGAGAUGGAGAUGCGGGACUUGAGUCUUUUCUCCGUUUCUACACAGAAAAUGCUGUGAUGGUUGAUAUUAGUAGAAGAAAAGUUCACACAGGACAUCAAGAGCUUUUGGAGAAAUUCGCUGAAUUGGCGAAGAAUUUCGAUUGGAUUCCGACGACAAGCGAUGAAGAGUACAGUGGUGGAGAGGAAUUGAUCAGAUACGAGUCGAAAUGCACUCUGAGAAAAGAAGAAAAGAUUAUGAUUGUCUUGAAGAUUGUUCAGUUCUGGAGGAAAAUCGGUGACGAGUACAAGAUGGAGGUCGAAUUUUACACGGUUUUGGAGGAUCAUAAGGAGGAUCAGAGCAAUCAG